AUCUGGAAUUGUUGUUUUUUUGAGCGUUGGAUUUGGUUAUUUGGGCCAUCAGUAAUCUGUCAGUAAUUAUUGUUUCUGUAGGUUUUAGGCGUGAGUUUUGCAGACGGUUGAAAAUGGUGGGAGGUGGGAAUAGAAGGGAUGAAGGGUCCUUUACCGUGAGCAAUACUAAUGUCUUUGCAGCUUUAGAUAGUCUGAGGAAGAAGAAGAAGUCCGACAAGGAAAAGGGAUCGUCUAAGGGUGGCAAGGUCACGUCAAAAGAGUCGAAGGGACCUGGGUCUGAGAAGCAGGUUUUCUGGGCCCCGGCGCCUUUGACGUCAAAGUCUUGGGCGGAUGUCGAUGAUGAGGAUGAUGUUGAUUACUAUGCGACAACUGCACCUCCACAGGUCAUAUGGGGUGCUUCUGGUUCGAAUAAAGCUGAGGGGACUCGUGAACAUGAUCCUGUAGAGGAAAGUGAAAGUGAGGACGAUCUUCUUGAUGAAGGGGAUGAUGACGUGGAAGAGGAGCACGACCCCGAACCCGAGGCUGAAGAACAACCUCAGCCUGUGUUGAAAAAGACUGUUGAAGCUUCUCCAGCACCUAAAGAGACCGAGAGGCAGCUGUCAAAGAAGGAGAGGAAAAAAAAGGAACUUGCCGAGCUAGAGGCUAUCCUAGCUGAUUUUGGAGUUAACCCGAAAGAGAAAGUUGGGGAUGAGAGAUCUGGUAAAUAUUGUUUCAUUUUGUUCCUAAAGAAAGAGGGACAAGCAAAUGGAGAUACUGGCAAGGCCAAUGACAAUAAUACCCUCGGGGAAUUGAAAACCACCAAGAAAAAGAAGAAGAAGAAGGACAAGUCAUCCAAAGAGACAACGGAGCCUCAAGACCAGCCCAAUACCUCAGACGAGACCCCUGGAGCUGAACAUGCUGACGAGGAUUCAUCUGCCAUUGAUGUCAAAGAGAAGCUCAAGAAAAUGGCAUCCAUUAAGAAGAAGAAAUCCAGUAAAGAAAUGGAUGCUGCCGCUAGAGCCGCCGCCAUUGAGGCUGCCGCCAGGAGUGCCAGGCUGGCAGCCGUCAAAAAGAAAGAGAAGAGUCAUUACAACCAGCAGCCAAUACGACAACUGAAAAUGGUGGGAGGUGGGAAUAGAAGGGACGAGGGGUCUUUUACUGUGAGCAACACCAAUGUCUUUGCAGCUCUUGAUAGUCUGAGGAAGAAGAAGAAGUCUGACAAAGAGAAGGGCUCGUCUAAGGGAGGUAAGGGCACAUCGAAAGAUUCAAAGGGGGCACCUCAGGCUGAGAAGCAGGUUUACUGGGCUCCGGCGCCUCUGACAUCAAAGUCAUGGGCUGAUGUCGAUGAUGAAGAUGAUGAUGAUUACUAUGCGACUACUGCUCCACCACAGGUGAUAUGGGGUGCUUCUGGUUCAAGUAAAGCUGAAGAGAAUCAGAAACAUGAUUCCAUAGAGGAAAGUGAAAGUGAAGAUGAUCUUCUCGAUGAAGGGGAUGAUGAUGUGGAAGACGAGCACGACCCAGAACCAGAGGCCGAAGAACAGCCUCAGCCGGUAUUGAAAAAUCCCGUGGAAUCUUCUCCAGCACCUAAAGAGCCUGAGAGGCAGCUUUCCAAGAAAGAGAGGAAGAAAAAAGAGUUGGCCGAGCUAGAGGCUAUCCUAGCUGAUUUUGGAGUUAACCCGAAAGAGAAAGCUGGAGAUGAGAGAUCUGACAGGAAAGAGGGACAAACAAAUGGAGAUGGCGAGAAGGACAAUGCUGCUCCUGGUGAAUCAAAAAGUGCCAAGAAGAAGAAGAAGAAGGACAAGUCAUCCAAAGAGACAAAGGAGCCUCAAGACCAACCCAAUAAUACCUCCAUUGUCCUUAAUGGGCCCGACAAAAUCCCUGGAGCUGAACAUGCUGACGAGGAUUCAUCAACCAUUGAUGUCAAAGAGAAGCUCAAGAAAAUGGCGUCUGUUAAGAAGAAGAAAUCCGGUAAGGAAAUGGAUGCUGCAGCAAGAGCAGCUGCUGUGGAGGCUGCUGCCAGAAGUGCCAGGCUGGCAGCCGCCAAGAAGAAAGAGAAGAAUCAUUACAAUCAGCAGCCAAUAAGGUAAAGUUGGGCUUUUGAUUGGGUUAAUGGGCUUUUAAUGGCUGGUUAAAAAUAAAUAGACUUUUCAAGGGUCUUGCUUUUGGACUUGGAUGUAUGAUUUCACUCUGGUUGUUGAGAACUUGUUUUUUGCUCGUCUUUGGUGGUCUUUUCCCCUGUAUUAAUUCAGUUGUAACAUAAUACUAUUGCUUGUGGUUUAUGUGACUUUCUGUUGGAGAUAAAUUCAUGGGUCUGCUUUCCAUGUCUCACCUGUCACUGUUUCUUGGUUUGUUUGUGUUGAUUUCAUGUUUAAAAUUAUGUUUCACUCGUUCAUCCAUGAAUGAGAUGUGUAAUUGUGACAUCUUUAUUGACAUGUGUAUGAAUUGGAAUAUAAUUUUGUAACAGAUCUUAUUGUUCUUAUGAUCCUUAUCCCGUUUAUGUAUGUUGUACUCCUG